UUCUCAAGCAUGGAAAAUUAUAUACCUCAUAGCCAAGUUUCGACUUUAAUGGAAUUGCUACUCUGUAUAUCUCAUGUGUGUUGUCUAUGAGGAUUGAAACAUGCAAUACCCGCAAAACAAGUGGUGUUGUCUACAGAACGUUGUGAUGAGGUGAACACAAGACCGGCGACGACAAGGUUGGAGGAAAUCGCGUACAAAGGGAGAAACGCGAAAAUCAACGCGUAUCGCACGCGUUUCAAUUAAGGCCGAAAGAGGAAAGGCGGCGAAGAGUUCAUGCAUGAAUACAAACAGAGCAAACAUUUUUUAAUCGAAACACGGAAUCCGAGUCGCGCAGAUCGCAUCGACACGACCCAACGCAAGGUAGUGAUUCACUCCAUCCAUCGUAUUUGAUGAGGCAAAAAUCAGUAUCCCUUUAAUCUUUUCUAUAGCAGCAUCUAUUAGUUGCUUUUGGGUCUUGUAACGGUAUAAACCAUGGAUGCACCCAGUUCCCAGCCUGCAACCAUCGCGACCGCGCCCGAGACGGAAGGAUCCAAGAGACAGCGAAGGGAUAGUUUGGUCUCCAAUGACUCGCAAACAGCGUCAGACUUUAUCGAUAGCCAGCUACGCCUCGAGGCUGAUGCGCGAGAAGCUCUACCAUAUUCCUUUGACUGUUGCACACAGCCUUUGGGUGCACUCCGUCAGAGUCUCUUCUCCUGCUUGACCUGCAAUCCCCCACCCUCAGACCCUAACGAGCCAUACAACUCCGCGGGCGUUUGCUACUCAUGCUCCAUCUCUUGCCAUGGCGAGCACACACUCGUCGAGCUAUUCAGCAAGCGUAAUUUUGUAUGCGAUUGUGGAACGACCCGGUUCCCAUCCACAUCACCCUGCUUCCUACGACUUUCCAGCACAGGAACCAAGGGCGUCCAUUCGGAGAAACCCGCGCCGGGCAACAAGUAUAAUGGCAACUUUCGGAAUAUCUUCUGUGGAUGCGAGGAAUCGUAUGACCCACACCAGGAGAAGGGAACGAUGUUCCAGUGCCUUGGCCUGGGAACUGUUGAAAACGGAGGUUGCGGUGAAGAUUGGUACCAUCCUGAGUGUCUCCUGAGUCUUCCACGUAAUUGGGCAGAGGGUGUGAAAGAGGAGCCUCGAGCGGAAACCGAUGACAAGGAACCUCAGCAGCAGCAGCAGAAUGGAAAUGGUGAAAUCGCAGCGCCCGCCCCUACCGAUGAAGAAGCAGAGGAGGAACCACCCCUACCUCCAGGUUUUCCCGAUGAGGAUGAUUUUGAGACCUUCAUUUGCUACAAAUGUGUAGAUGCUAACCCCUGGCUAAAGAGAUAUGCUGGAACGCCCGGAUUUUUACCAGCAGUGUACAGAAAAGGAGCGUCUGUACAAAAUGUUUCAAACGGAAAUGCCACAGCAGAAACAACCAGAGAGCCCGGCGAGGAUACAUCGUCAACAAAUUCAAAGAAGCACGAACUUGAGGAUAAUUCAGACGACGAGCGCAAGACAAAGAGGCAGAAAGAGGAGACAUCAACGACGUCGACCUCAGACCCACAAGUGAAAGCCACGGAACCUACUAAACACAAACACGAGUCACUCCCAGCGAAUGCCCCCACAGGCACAUUCUCCCUCUUCCUCAAAGAAGAUUUCCGCGACUACUUGUGUCACUGCCCAUCCUGUUUCCCCAACCUAGUCCCUCAUCCUCAGCUCCGCGAGGAAGAGGAGACAUACGAACCUCCACUCUCCGAGGCAGGAGACGACGCCAACGGCAAUGGUAGCAAUCACACAGGAAGUCUUCUUGAUCGCGGAGAAGCAGCGCUAAGCAACAUGGACCGUGUGCGUGCAAUUGAGGGAGUAAUGGUAUAUAACCACUUGAAGGACAAGGUGAAGGCUUUUCUGAAGCCAUUCGCUGAGAGUGGACAGGCGGUUGGGGCUGAGGAUAUUAAGGCAUAUUUUGAAAGACUCAGAGGAGAUGACCAUGCGAUUAAAGAGGCAGGGGGUGCGGCGUCAGCUUCUCUGUUGUCCAAUGACGGAGAUGGUGAGAAUGGUGGGGGUAGUAAUCGGAGGGAGCAGAGUGGUUACUGACUCGAUUAAUGGAACAUCUGCAAAAUCUUUCUAAUUUUGUAUUUCCUAUCUUCUGGGCGGAGCAAGGUUUUUUUCCAGGUACAACACAUCCGACGGACAUGAUUUAUGGACCAACAUUUUGAAGGUUCAGGGGGCGUUGGCUUUUGCUAUCUCAGGCUUGCGGGUUUUAUUACAAUUUCGGCAGGGUGUGCUGUGGGACGGCCUUUUUUUCUUUUCCUAGUUGGGCUAUACAUUCCAUCAUUGGAUUAUUUUAUGAACACAUCUCUCAAGGUGGAGUGUUUUUUUAACAAUAUAAUAUAUUUUAAACGGUAACUGAGGGUGUAUGCAAAUUCAAAUCUUCGCCUAAGCUUCUGAGAUAUGUCCAGCUGAAGCUCGAGGUCCUCCCCAGUCAAUUCCUCCCUCAUAAAUCCGUACCUAG